CGUGAGCCACCGCGCCCAGCCUGUAAUAUAUAUUUGUGUUAUUUAUAUUUAUAUAAAAUCCAUAUCUUUGUACAUAUCUUUGUACAUGUAGGGAGACGUUCAUAAGGAAAUGGUGUUCAGUGUGACUUUGAAAGGUACUUCAUUUUCACCCAAGAUGUGGUUUAGGCCUUUGGAGUCACCUUGCUCAUUGUUCCCAUGGCUGGGACAAGAAGUGGAGGCAGGAAGGAGACCGAGGCCUGGUGUUCAGCCCUGAUCGUCCCGUCCUGCUCUGUCCAUCACGCGCUCUGUCCAUCAGGCGCUCUGUCCAUCAGGUGCUCUGUCCAUCAGGCGCUCUGUCCAUCAGGUGCUCUGUCCAUCACGUGCUCUGUCCAUCAGGUGCUCUGUCCAUCACGUGCUCUGUCCAUCAGGUGCUCUGUCCAUCAGGCGCUCUGUCCAUCACGUGCUCUGUCCAUCAGGUGCUCUGUCCAUCAGGCGCUCUGUCCAUCAGGUGCUCUGUCCAUCAGGUGCUCUGUCCAUCACGCACUCUGUCCAUCACGUGCUCUGUCCAUCAGGUGCUCUGUCCAUCAGGCGCUCUGUCCAUCAGGUACUCUGUCCAUCAGGUGCUCUGUCCAUCAGGUGCUCUGUCCAUCAGGUGCUCUGUCCAUCAGGCGCUCUGUCCAUCACGUGCUCUGUCCAUCAGGCGCUCUGUCCAUCAGGUGCUCUGUCCAUCCCGUGCUCUGUCCAUCCCGUGCUCUGUCCAUCAGGCGCUCUGUCCAUCACGCGCUCUGUCCAUCACGCGCUCUGUCCAUCACGCGCUCUGUCCAUCACGUGCUCUGUCCAUCACGUGCUCUGUCCAUCAGGCGCUCUGUCCAUCAGGCGCUCUGUCCAUCAGGCGCUCUGUCCAUCAGGCGCUCUGUCCAUCAGGUGCUCUGUCCAUCAGGUGCUCUGUCCAUCACGUGCUCUGUCCAUCAGGUGCUCUGUCCAUCACGUGCUCUGUCCAUCAGGUGCUCUGUCCAUCAGGUGCUCUGUCCAUCAGGUGCUCUGUCCAUCAGGCGCUCUGUCCACCACGCGCUCUAUCCAUUACGCGCUCUGUCCAUCGUAGGCGUGAGCGUUCCAGGGUGGGGCUGUGGUCCAUCCGUGUUCCCCUCUGCAGUCCCAGCUCACAAGGCACCAGCCAGGCAUGUCAUAGGCAGUGGAUAAGUGUUGGCUUGCAAAGAUCCAAUGAAUGAGUGAAUUUCAAGCAGAGUGAGAAAAAUGGAGUCAGAGGCAUAUAACACGAGGGAAACUCACGCCUGUAA